AUGCAUCAAACUAUUGCACGUGUGGAUGGUACAGCUUUUGCUGUGAUCCGGCAACUCAUGUGCACGAUGAUGACGUGGUGGUGCCCUGAGGAGUGCCUGAAGCACGGCGCGGCCGUGGUCGGGAUGGCCAUCAGCGAAGAGGGUCGCUGCAUCACCUCCAAGGACAAGGUGGCUGCCCUGCAGAAGAGCUACCGCCUUCUGCGGCAGAACUUGGACUUCCCUCCCAAGGACAUCAUCUUGGAUUGCCACCUCCAGAGCUUGCGACUCGACGCGCAUCCUGCAGCGUCAGGCGUACCUGCCCGCAUGCCACAUGCCAGCGUGGUUGCACACCAUCUUCCUUCAGCAUGCCAUUCUGAAAGGCGUCAACGUGGCCCUGGUCGACGCCGGCAGCCUCCCACUGUACACAAGGAGGCGCGGCAGCGCUGCGAAGACGCGGUGAUCCUGAACAGCGGCAAGGUUUUUGCCGUCCUCAAGCGCUUCAUGGAAGCGACGCCACCGUGUGCCUGCUCCAGGUGCUCGGUGUUCGGGCUCUGGUGA